AUGAUAAAUAAUUCAUUAAUCAAAGUACAAGUGAAGGACUACACUUCUCCAACAAAACCUUAAAGGAGACUAAUUUAAUAAAGAAUUAAACCAUAUAUGGAAGCAUAUGGAAUAUCUCCUGAGUUCUUUGAAAUCAAAGGUAAAUCAGUUGUUUUCAAAAAUAACAAUCCCAAUAAUCUAACCCAUUUAAAUAAAAGUGUAAUAUCAACCUAAUCAACUAAAAAGAAACAAAACCAAAAAAUAUCAAUUAAAAGACCUCAAACAGCCUCAAUACAAUUACCUAAUAAUGUUAUCUUACCUAUUUCCAAUAAGUAUGCUAAUCUUUUCAAUGAAAUAAAGAGUACUCAAUAAAAACCAUAAGUACAAUAACCUAAGAAAGUUGAGUAGUCUCUAAUUUAGGAAGAAGCAGAUGAAGCAUCAGACUCAAGUUAUAUUUAGAAACAUGAAAUAAUACUAAAAGACAUAGCUGAAUUAGAAAAGUAAUUAUAUUAUCAUACUAGGGUUAAAUAAGAGAAGAUCUUAGAGUUAGAAAUGUUACAAAACAAAAUAGAGGAAGCUAAAAAUGCAGAGAUUAAUUCUUCUCGUUUCAUUAUAAAAAAGAAUGUCCAUAAACCUACUCUUAGAGAGAAGAAAGAUAAGGCUGCUUCAUUGAUUUAGGCUCAUAUUAAAGGUAGGAUGGAUUAUAAACGAUUUAUAGAAUGGAAAAAAAAGAAGGAAGAUAAAUUAAGAAAGGUAAUAUUUAUAUAAAAAUGGUGGAGAAUUGAAAUGAAGCAUUUAAGAAUAUAAAGAUAAUUUAAAAUAGCUCAUCAAUCUAAAUAAGUUAGGUUAAUAGAUGGACAUACCUUUUUAAUCAUUACUAAUUAUUCUUAUACCUUAUAUCGGAUGAGAUUAUUAUUUAUUGAGAGAAUGGGAGUGAUUAAAGGAGAUUUUAGAUUAUAUUUGAAUUAAUAGAAUUGUUCAAAAUUACUUAAUGAAGACAUUUCUAAACAAUCAUUCGAAUUUUUAUCUUUAAUGAAUAUAAUCAUCAAUAGUCUAAUAAAAUAAAUAUAAAUUUAGGACAGUCGUCUAAUAUUUGAUUUAUAGAAAUAAAAUUUAAUUGAUAUUCCCAGAUUGGUAUUACAAGUUUACUUGAACUUAAAUCAUAUUACUGCAAAUUAAUAUUCAUUGAUCAUUAAUUAAGUAGAACCAGAAACGUAAUUAGUAAUAUCAAAAGAUUAACAUGAAUAAUCUAAUUAGAAACCUAUUAUUGUAGUCGGAGAACCCUAAACUUAAUUACUUGAAUAAUAAUAAGAAAUCAAAGAAGAUAAUUAGAUUGAAUAAGAAGUAUAAGUGUAAAUUAUGAAGGAAAAUGAAAAAAAUUAACAUAUUGAAUUAUUUAGUUAAAAAGUUGAAUUAUCUGAUAUUUUUUAAUAAUAAUAAUAGGAAUAAGAAUAAGAAUAAGAAUAAUAAUAAUAAUAAUAAGAGUAAUAAUAAUAAUAAGAGUAAUAAUAAUAAUAAGAGUAAUAAUAAUAAUAAGAGUAAUAAUAAUAAUAAGAGUAAUAAUAAUAAUAAGAGUAAUAAUAAUAAUAAGAGUAAUAAUAAUAAUAAGAGUAAUAAUAAUAAUAAGAGUAAUAAUAAUAAUAAGAGUAAUAAUAAUAAUAAGAGUAAUAAUAAUAAUAAGAGUAAUAAUAAUAAUAAGAGUAAUAAUAAUAAUAAGAGUAAUAAUAAUAAUAAGAGUAAUAAUAAUAAUAAGAGUAAUAAUAAUAAUAAGAGUAAUAAUAAUAAUAAGAGUAAUAAUAAUAAUAAGAGUAAUAAUAAUAAUAAGAGUAAUAAUAAUAAUAAGAGUAAUAAUAAUAAUAAGAGUAAUAAUAAUAAUAAGAGUAAUAAUAAUAAUAAGAGUAAUAAUAAUAAUAAGAGUAAUAAUAAUAAUAAGAGUAAUAAUAAUAAUAAGAGUAAUAAUAAUAAUAAGAGUAAUAAUAAUAAUAAGAGUAAUAAUAAUAAUAAGAGUAAUAAUAAUAAUAAGAGUAAUAAUAAUAAUAAGAGUAAUAAUAAUAAUAAGAGUAAUAAUAAUAAUAAGAGUAAUAAUAAUAAUAAGAGUAAUAAUAAUAAUAAGAGUAAUAAUAAUAAUAAGAGUAAUAAUAAUAAUAAGAGUAAUAAUAAUAAUAAGAGUAAUAAUAAUAAUAAGAGUAAUAAUAAUAAUAAGAGUAAUAAUAAUAAUAAGAGUAAUAAUAAUAAUAAGAGUAAUAAUAAUAAUAAGAGUAAUAAUAAUAAUAAGAGUAAUAAUAAUAAUAAGAGUAAUAAUAAUAAUAAGAGUAAUAAUAAUAAUAAGAGUAAUAAUAAUAAUAAGAGUAAUAAUAAUAAUAAGAGUAAUAAUAAUAAUAAGAGUAAUAAUAAUAAUAAGAGUAAUAAUAAUAAUAAGAGUAAUAAUAAUAAUAAGAGUAAUAAUAAUAAUAAGAGUAAUAAUAAUAAUAAGAGUAAUAAUAAUAAUAAGAGUAAUAAUAAUAAUAAGAGUAAUAAUAAUAAUAAGAAUAAUAAUAAUAAUAAUCUGGAGAAAAUAUUAAUAAUAAUGAUCAAAAUUAAAAUUAGUAUCAAGAAGUGAUACAGGAUGAAAAUAAUGAUGAAUGUUAAAAACUUUUAAAUUCUUAAAUAAAUUAGAAUAAUUAAAAUUAAGUAGAAAUUAUAAAUAAUAAAAAUACUUCAGAGUAGAUGAAUUUAUAAAGUGAGUUUUAAUAAUCUGAGAAAGAAUAAAAAAUUUAAUAAGAUAAUAAAGAUGAGUUGAACAAUGAUUAUAUUAAAAAUUAAGAAUAAUAAUAAGUGACAAAUUAAAAUUAAUUCUAUGGUUUUUAGGAUCCCUUAAAUUCAUAAAUAUUUAAUAAAGAGCAUCAAGAAUUUCAAUAAUACAUUUCAGAUUUAAAGAAUGAUAUAGUAGAAGUUAAUUAAAGUAAUUUUGAAACUCAUCAGAAUUCAAAUUAGAUUAAUAAUAACUUUUAAGAAACUAUAAAAUUGUGUGAAGGCACAUAAAUUAUAUAAAAUGAAGUUAUGGAUUCAUAAAAAUCAUAUAACAAUAAUGAGCAAUAAAUAAAUUAAUAAGAGACUACUUAGAAUAUUUAGGAUGAUUAAGAAUUAAUAAUUAAGGUAAAAAAAGAAGAUUUAGUAGAAGAGAUGGAAUAAAAUUAAGAAGAAAUUGUUUAAAAUUAAUAGGAAGAAUGUGAAGUACAAUAAUAAUAAGAAGUAUCAAAAAAUUUAUAAGAAGAUUAAAAGAUAGAAUAUGUUUAAGAAUAGAAUAUGGAGAUUAUUUAACAAUAGGAAAAAAAAAGUUGUACUGCAAAUGUAGAAAAUAACAAUUAAGAUUUUGAAUAGAUAGAGAAUUAAGUAGAUAAACCUUAAGAAAUUCAAGAAUAGGAAGAGGAAUAAUUAUAAUAGAUAGUAAUAUCUGAAUAGGGUAAUUAAUAGAAUAGUAAUGUAUUAUCACAUUAAAUUGAAUAAGAACCAUCUUAAUAAAGUUUUAAAAAAAAGGAAAAUGAUCAAAAUUAAUUAUAAUUGCCUUCAUAAAUAGAUUUUCAUAUGCUUAAAAGUGGGGAGAGUAAUUUCUUUGACCCUCCUAAUUCUGGCAAAGAGACAGCAAAAUACUUGAAUUCAGGAGAACUAUUAAGUAGGACAAAUUUUCUUUCUUAGUUGGGAUAGUUAGGAAAAUUUGAAUAUGAGAAUAAUUCAUUAUUGGGAUCAGGAGAAUUGAAAAAAGAUUUAGAAGGUUUAUAAGAGCCUUUAAAUUUAAGAAAUAAAAGCAAUAAUCAAUAAGAAUUGUUUUCUGAAUCUUAAACAUUUUAAAAUAGAAUGCCUAGUGAUUUUAGAUCACCUUUUAUAGAUGAUACAUUUAAAUUAAGCACAACUUUUAAAUUUUAAUUUAGUUCUGAUAUAAAAGCUUUUGAAAGUGGACUAUUUAUUUCUGAAAAAUUUGAUAUAAAAAUUUAAUAGUAGGAUUCUCUUGAGUACUCAAUGGAUGAAUCCUAAGAUUUACAACCUAUUUACAUCACAACAAUAAAGGUUGAUGAUAAUGAUGUAGACGUAUUUUAGAUAAAGAAUGUAUUAAGAUUUAAAGAUAAGAAUAAUUUAUAUUAAUCUUAUGAUUUCUAGAUAUCUAAAAUGUAGUAACUUAAUAGUGAUUAUAUAAUUCAAAAUUUAUAUGUGUACAUAAUAAAAAAUAGUAUUAAAUGUAUAGAUGGGAAUUAAAUAUUAAGAAUAUAAAGAUAUUUAAAGAAAUUUAGAUUUAUUUAAUCAUGCAUAUUAAUUUUAGAUAAGGAGUCAACUUUAAUUUGUUUAUUUAAAUCAUGUAAUGAAUAUAAUAAUUAAAAGUUUUUUAGAUAAAGAUGAAUUUUUAUGGAAAUAUAAAAUUUGGAGAGUAAAUUAUUAUUGAGAAAAUGACAUUAAAGUAAAGGAGAAUAUUAGAGAAGAAUUUUUACUCUAUUUGUCCAUAAUUAUUAUUUUGUGAUAAAGGUUUGGAAUAGAAGAUACUUGCAACAAUAGAAGCUAUUAAUAAUUAGAGUUGA